UUGGACUCUUACAAAAACCCACAUCGAUAAAUUAUAUUAGGAAAGAAAGGAGUUCUUUACUGCUUAUAUCUUAUAAAUGGAUAUAAGGCAGUAAGAGCAGCUUUUCAAAGAAACCAAAAACAGCGUAAAAACAUGCAACGGUACUAACCAAAUAUAUACAAUUGAUUCAUUGUUUCUUCGGGGUUGUGUUUUUCGUUUAGUGCUUUCGGUAUUCGUAAACAGAAAAAUAACAAUUCGUAAGAUAAGAUCUAUCUUCACCCGAAAACGACCGGCCAUGGGCACUUUAUCUUUUUGCGUUUGCAAAAUCACUCCCUUGCCUUUGAAGACCGAGAUGAUGCACAAAACUCCCUUGAGCAAAGCCUUUUAGGUUUACAGGUAAAACCUUCAAACAGGCGAAUCACAGCAAUGGACUUACAUAAGGGCUGAAAUCCCCCAAGAGGCUUUUCGGGCAACCACUUUAGUCUAAGCCUUUAUUGAAUUCCCCAUAUGUCAUGGAUAAUGGCAGAUAGCUCUUGAGGUGAGAGGACAGACGGUUCAUGAGUGUUCUUACAGCGAAAGCUGAUCCGCAUGUUAGUAUAGAUAUAGAAUCGGGUAUAGACUCAAGGCUACCAAAGCCGGCGUUUUUCUGACAGGAUAUUUGUCAGGCUCAAGUCUCAACCAUGAGUUGUACCUGUGUACGGAUUUCAUCAGAUUCAUAAAUGUCAAGUGUCACGUCUUUUGUGGACCACAAAAAUAUAAGGGGGGAGGGGAAAAAAUGUGACCCUUGCCGUCCUUACAAAAUUUCGUUCAUUAAUUUUCCAAAUUAUUGUUUUUCCUCUAUCUGGCUUUAGACGUGUUUUUAUGAACGGGACACACAUGAAUGCUUUAUGUAUGCCAGAUAUCAAUCUUUCAUCAUGCUAUCGAUAGCAUACUUUAUCGUAAAUUUCCUCUCAUUUGUUUUGAUCAUUGUUGAAUUUGUAAGAGCCUCGUUUCCGGGUCUGAACAAUAUCCAAACUAGUGCGCACAUUGCAUUCCCUUCCUUUCAUUCAUUUGUUUUUCUUUUGGCGCUCUUGUCACUCCCACGUCCGUUAAAAAUAUCUCUGCAUGUCUUGUGUAGGAACUAAAAAGGCCCUUCAGUUCAUUUACCCAAUUGAUCUCAAUUUAUGGAAGCACUUUAAGAAUCGCAGCAUCAAAGACCAAAACACAGGUAUCGAGAAAUCGGUAGAUAAUUAGUUCACUCCCGAGACACAAAUCUCCAUAGAUAAUUCGCGUGCGUUUUUUUUGCUUUUUCUGGGUGCCAUCGAAGUAAGGUAUCGUUUCAAAGAUCUGCGUUCGCUCCAAUGUAAUUAGGAUUUACUGAGUCCUAUCUGAGGCACUUAUUAUAUUUGUAGGCGGUAUGUCAGGUUAUCUGACGAUGGUACAGUAGGCGACUGCAAAUAAAGUUAUCAAGCUGGAGAAAUCUGACGGAAAUAAGGAACAUCGCGCGGGGGAGCACUGUUCGUUUUAUGAAUAACUACGGGAGAAAAAUAAUCCGUCAACUAAACAAAUAAUCUAGAAUGCCUUCUGACACAAUGUACGCACUGGAUGCUGGGAAUUUAGUGCAGCAAUCAAGAAUCUCUACACAAUUCAGUUAGAUCGCCAGUGCGGUCGAGCGCACAAGAGUGGAACCCACUGGAACACUAAUCAUAAGAACUGACUUGAUCGAACAAUCAAGAGUUUAUCAGAAGAGUAGAAAGGUCCUUGAGACUUCUUUAGAAAGUGACUGUGGGAGGUCUGCUAACAAACUCAUGCGAAAGAUCGACUUUGAAAGUGUUUAAGACACAGCUUUAUGAUGACAGAAAAUGUGAACUUCAGUGGUGGCAGCGACAACGGGACUGAGGGGAGCCUCGAGAUGCCCCACGUGAUCCAGGCGGUCAUGACGACAGCCUAUGCGCUGUCAUUCGUGGUAGGUCUCCUUGGCAACGGACUGGGUCUCUUCAUUAUCUUCAAACGGUCCAGCAAGGGAAACGCGAGCACGAACGUACUCAUAGGUAACAUGGCCCUGGCAGACCUUUUAGUUACACUCUUCGCCAUGCCUCACUCAGUCGGCUUUCUGUACUACCAGAACAAAUGGAUCGGCGGAAUCAUUGGCGAGAUCGGGUGCAAACUUGCGCAGUUCCCCUUCGUCGUGUCCAUCGCUGCGUCUAUUCUUACACUCCUUGCUAUCUCAGUCGAGCGCUUCUGGGCGAUCUACUACCCUUUGAGGGCUCGCAAACUAAGAAAGCCCAAAGUGUUAUCGUCCGUAAUCUGGCUGCUCGCCAUAAGCGUGUUCUGCCCGUAUCUGUUCUCAUACACGGUGAAGCGGACGGCAAGCGGGCAGUACUACUGCGUGGUAGAGUGGGGCGACAUAGAGGAGACGUACCGCACCCAGCGACUCUACUACCUGAUGAUCUUCGUCUUCUUGUACGCCCUCCCUCUACUGGUCAUCACGCUCCUGUACACGCUGAUAGGCGUGAAGCUCUGGUACCGCAAGCAGCCAGGGCAGGAGAACGCACGGUCUCGCCGCACCGCUAUCGUGGCAAAGAGAAGGAUCCUGCGCCUGCUGAUCGUCCUCGUACUGGUGUUCACUGUUUGCUGGCUACCUGCACAUCUCAUGCAUUACUACAUGUACUACGACCUUAAGGCGUGGUUCAACAUCCCAGUCGCCGUCAAGCUCUUGUCGUUCUGGAUUUGCCACUCCAACAGCGCGAUAAAUCCAGGGAUUUAUAUUCUCCUCAGCGAGAAUUUCCGGCGCGAGUUUUUAAAGACGACUCUGGGGCUUGUGUGUUCGAAGGCGCCGAGUCUUCCGAGGACUUCGUCCUCGAAGUCGAGAAAAACCGGACGAAAAGCGACGCUAAGCUCCAGACUGUUUGGCAGCAGACGGGGCGGGAGGACAGUGACAUUUGUAUAGAGACAGGGGACACUUGAAGCGUAAAGAAACCAUAACUUGUAAUCUCGCUAUGGGUUAUAUUGCCCCUAGGGAGGGAGGGGAGGGAUUUUCGUUCACAUAAAGACAAUUUGUAAAAAAGAUGUAGAGAGCGUACUAAACCUACUCUAUGUGUUGCGGUGUGCCUGUAAAUAAGUAAAAAUAUAUAAAAUAUUAUCAAAAGACAACAAUCAAAAUGUAAAAUCAUGAAGACAUAGAGCGUGGAUAUUAAGAAGGGAAGGAAUGGAAUUUCGUAGUAAACAAUUUGCUUAAUACUAAAUAAGCAAAGGGUACUUGAUAAUAUUAAAAAUUGGAAAGGUUUCCAGUAAAAA